CCCACCAUCACACUGUUUCUGGACAUCACCAAUCGAAAUUUCCACAUUCAAAGAGGGAUUCUUCUAAUUCCUUCAACAUGAGAUAAACCGUUGUGUCUUGAUUUAGGGACACCCAAUCAAAGUUUUAACGGACUUCACCGAGUAUUGUUUUUUGGGAGAUUUCUAUGUGUAUUUUCAACGCCACUGAUUAUCUACAGUCAUGACUAUCUACAUCAACGUUUUAAGCAGUCUCCUAAUACUGCUUUUUCCCGAAGCCCGGACAGAAAUUGUCCCUCACAAAUAUCUGAGACCGUGGGAAGCUGUGACUAUGUUUGGCAGUAAUACUACAGAUUCGGGGAAAGUAACCCAAUCCCGUCCGUUACCAGUCCUCCCGAAGCAGUUCCAGUCCGACUGGCUCUUGUACAACCAUCCUGUCUGGGCCGAACGCCCGCCGUACGACCCGCUCCCACCAGCUCCUUAUGAGGUCGGCCGAGGAUUCUCUUACUACGAUCACACCGUGCCUGGCCUGGUUGAAGAAUUCUACGACUUCUGUCUCCCGAUAUUUGCAACUGAUUAUCAUUGGCCCUGCACGUUCUGGCAUAGAGACGAAACGUCCUACCUGAUGUCGCCUACAUGGGCUCCAUACGGUCCCUGCUGCAUCUUCCAGAAGCCGUGGAAAGUCCCCGAUCGAAAUUUCAUCCGGGUCGCCCGAUAUAACAACACGGAUGUCUUCAAUGGAAAGAUUAUAGACUGGUACGUCCUGAAGCCCGCUGGCUACCCUUAUCCGUUCGCCUAUGGAUUCUAUUGGGAUAACACUGGAAGUGGCCAUAUACCAGGCUCCUUCUGGUUUCCUGGGAAUGUAGGAUGGACACUGCAGAACUUCUCCAACUUCACAGACAAGAUCGCCAAGAAAAGGACAUUCAAUUUACCCAAAGUGUGCGAAGGGGUUUCAUUCUGUAUAUUCAACCCUUGA